AUGAGAAAGAGGAGGAAGAGGGAGAUGUAUAGACAACAUAGGUUCAAGUGGGGAGCCUUGAUGGAAGCUAAAGUACAAGAGUUGGGGGUCAAGCUGGUGACUAUGGAGGCUUGGAGGAGCAGUGGGGACGCAAGCGCUAUGUUGACCACGACUACGCGGUGCAUUAGGGAAGUCGCGGGUGAGGUAUUAGGGAUCUUAAAGGGUUACUCUGGUAGUCACAAGGGAGAUUGGUGGUGGAAUAGAGAGGUACAAGGAAAAGUGGAAACCAAGAAAGCAGCGUAUCUGAAGCUAGUGGAAAUUGUAGACGAGGAGGAGAAGAGGGCUAAUAGGGAGCAUUAUAAGUUGGCUAAGAAAGAGGCAAAACUAGCAGUUACGGCGGCCAAGAAUGCAGCUUUUAGUCGUUUGUAUGAGGAACUCGAGGGCCGAGGUGGGGAUAAGAGGUUAUUCAGAAUGAAGAAGAUGACCGAAGAGUGGAGGUGGAGAACGAUGAUUCCUGUAUACAAGAACAAGGGUGAUAGCCAAAAUUGUAAUAACUAUCAGGAUAUCAAGCUGCUUAGCCAUACUAUGAAAGUUUGGGAGAGAGUGGUAGAGCUUAGGGGACGUUCGACUACAGAAGCUAUCCACCUUGUUAGGACAUUGAUGGAGCAGUAUAGGGAGAGAAAGAAUGACUUACAUAUGGUGUUGAUCGACUUAGAAAAGGCGUACGACAAAGUUCCGAGGGAGGUUUUGCAGAGAUGUUUGGAGGCUAGAUGUGUACCAGUUGCAUAUGUUAGGGUGAUUAAGGACAUGUAUGAUGGAGUAAAGACCCGAGUGAGGACGGCGGGUGGGGACUCGGACUAUUUUCCGAUUAUGAUGGGGUUGCAUCAGGGGUCGACACCCAGCCUCUUUUUGUUUGCUCUGGUAUGGAGGCAGACCCCGGAAUCUAAAGGUUUUAAGUUGAGCAGGUCCAAGACAGAAUACUUGGAGUAUACAAGUGAAUUGGAAGUGGAAUCAAAAGGGAAAAAGCGGUAUUUGAGCUUGAGUUUGGUCGUGGAAUUCGAGAUCCCGGUACUGGACCCUACGGACCAUAGAUUGAGGUUGUUGCCUUCAGUCCAGUAG